CCCAGCAGUUUGUUCGGCUUUUUAUUUAUUCCUACGUGAGCAGACCCACUACACUUCUUGCAUCUAAACAGUGGAAAUUACAACAUGAAGGACUUAUUAUUCCUUCUCGUGGAGUAAGUCCGCUGCUGGCCAGAGCCUGGCUCGCUGUGCAAGGCGCGGGAGGACCUCCCCUGCAGGUAACCACUGCUUCAAGACUCUCCUUGCCCGCUGGCAACAACAGCCAAGCCUCAGAACCCCAGUCCCUGGGGCCAAGGGCCAGCCUUUCUCAGCUGAGAUUCCCAGAGGCUACAGCCACGGAUCACUUGCCCACCUAUGAACUUGAGCCGCGUGUGAACCACGACAGGGACUCUGCGCUCUGCAUGGCUUCAGAUGCCUCACACCUGUCCUGGUCACACCCCACCGGGUUUCGUGAGGCUGUUUAGGAAGAUAUGUGUCCCAGGCUGCAGGAAAGGGGCAGAGUAUGAAAGGACACAAUGGCUCUGAGGGUGGGAUCUGUGAUUGACAGAAACGGGGCAGCUCCCUUAGGAGCAUCAUGGGUCAUCAAAGAAGCUGACCCCCAAGCCCCUGAUUUCGCCGCCUGCUUACAUGCCCGGGCCGGAAGAUGUGUGUAAGUGCCCCAUAGUUUUACACUGGAAACGGAUGCUCCGGGAAGGGAAGCCGCCUGUUCCAGACAUAGCAGGUCUCCUUUGGAAUUCACACAUCGGGAGUCUGGCGCUAUCCCCUAAAUGGUACUUUUGUUGUCUUUUUGUUCAAGGCGGCAAGCUUUUCCCAGGAUCGGAGGCGCCUGCCAGCCUCUCUUUGAUAAACAGCCCACCAGCUCUCUUGGUAGAUCGGAUGUUUAAUAAUUAGCCUAACUCAUUGUUUAUCUAAGUGGCAAUUAUCGCCGCAAUGAAAUAAUAUUGUAACUGCAGGGGAAGCAUUGCGGAUAGCUCCCGAGCGGAAGCUGCGGGCUGGGGAUGGCCCACACGGCCUCCUCGGCGCUGAGGAAAGGGCCUCUCCAUCUCGGCUGGCAGGUGUCUGUGUCUGAGAUGCCAGCACCAGAGGCUGCUCCCAAGACCUAAGGACAUGUGCCCAGGACACGUGUACGGUCCCAAUCCUGCCAACUGAGGCUCAAUGGCCCAGCAAAAUACGAAAAUGCGCCCGGUGCUUCUGAAGCGGAACAGCCUGGAGUCGGUGGCGUUGGCGAAGCAGCCGCACCACCGCCGCAGCAAGUCUCAGCAGGUGCGGUUCAAGGAAGAUGGGACCGGCAAGCCCCCGCCCGGCCUGGCUGGGGUCGACGUCCACACGACCGAGGACCCGGCUGUGAUGGGCAAGACCCAAGCCCCCAGACACCACCCCCUCCCCGCCUACUCCCUCUCCUUCCCCAGGUCCCAGAAGGCAGGGGGCCUCCGGAACAUGGCGAUCCAAACCUCCCCCAGUCUCAGGAAGCAUUUCCCGAUCUUCAAGAGGAAGAGACUCACAGCCAGUAAGUCCCUGGUGGAAAUGCCAGCAGCAUUCCAAAGUGCCAUCCAGGUCAACGGCAACCUCUCGGAACAGGACGCGGUGGCUUCCGACCUCGCCUGCUUGCGGCUGGCUCAGCAUCUGGAGGACGGGCCUCGAAGGGUCCAGGUGUCCCACCCGUUUCUCCCUCGAAUGUCCAAGAUGCAGAGCAACGGGCCGGUGAGCAUAUGCCUGGAAGCAGGAGCUGGGAGAGCCUUGGAGAAAGCAACCGCUGCCAUUCAGGUCCCAGAGGAUAUCUAUCACAGCCCGGCCUGGGCGACUGGGGAGCCCGCUCUCAGCCAAGACAGGUCCGCGGAGAUAAGCAACUCCGUCCACCCAUUGGUGGACCCAUGUCCGGGUGAUGGACGAAGAGUGCUGCCGUCAGAUUCAGAGAGACCCCCCUCCUGCUUGAACGCCACCAGUGGUGCCAACCCCAUGCCAGGCCCAGGGAAACUUAAACCUGAAUUGCUUUUGCCCAAAGACAACUCUGGUGACACAGACUUUGGCCCCCUGUCAUCGCUGUCAAAGGAAGCGUGUGUCCCCUCACCUCCACGGACUCACGGCUCCCCCUCGCCAGGCUCCCACGGACAGCCAGCCCAUCCAGGAGGGGCUUUGGACUGUUCGUCAUCGAGCAGCCAUCACCAGGACCCGCCGCCACCCAAACCUAACCACCCAUCCAGACCUGCCCCUGCGUGUCAGGAGCGGACCGCAAGGAACCCCACCCAGUCGGACACCCUGGAGUUUCAAAACUGUCCAGGAAACGAUCACCUCCCGUCCUCUCGUCCAAGGAGGGAGACCAAACUUCAGAGCAACAGGGAGCUUAACCAGAUCCACCUGGCCCGGGGCGAGCUCUGCGACCUCCAAGGCCGGCUGCAGUCCGUGGAGGAGUCCCUGCACUCGAACCAAGAGAAAAUUAAAGUCCUUCUGAAUGUAAUUCAAGACUUGGAGAAAGCUCGGGCUCUCACAGAAGGGCGCAACUUUUAUCGAACCGGCCAAGAUCUCAACAAUUGCAGUACCUGCCAGAACACGGCGUGCAUCAUAUACAGUGUAGAAUAUGAUUUUCGGCAGCAGGAAGGCAGGUUCCAUGAAGUUCUACAGAGUCUGGAGGAAGCAGAACCAGUUGAGGAGCCAUGUCCCCCACCAAAGUCCACAGCAGAACCCCCUGUUCCUGAGAAACAGGACUUAAGGCGGAAAACCAAGAAGGUGAAGAAGAAAUGCUUCUGGUGGAUCUGAGCUUGUUGGGACCAUGCACUCUGCCCUCCCCCAAGACCUCCCUGAGAUGGGGACCACUGCCCUCAGGUCUUCUCUGCUUCUUAGCAAAGGCCCCGGACCGAGAGCCACUCAACCUGCGAAACCGGAAAGACUCGGGGCUGGUUUAGCUGCUGCGGGACCCCUGACCACCAACCUCACCUGAAUGAGUGCCACUGUUUGCUGAGGGCUUCACGGACCCUAGAGUGACCACUUGCCUAGUUCCCCAUCACACACGACUCGGCCACAAUCCUGGUUUUCGAGUCUAGGUUCCCACCCUGAACAAAGUCCCCAUUGACUCUCCAACAACUCUAUGAUGCUAAGCACUUCCUUCUCAUCCUUGGUUUGUCAUCCGAAAAAAAAAAAAAAGAAAUGUUAUGUAGAGCAGGAAGUUAGAGGAGAGCUAGAAACUGAUACAACAGGAAAGAUCAGUUACAUACACUGGCCGUUUUCUAAGAUAUUGGCAUACAUAGCAUGACAGAAAUGCGCAGGGCAAAAAUGCAAGAGCGCCUGGUGGGCUGGGUCAUUUUCAUUUUAAAAUAGCCCCUUGACCCCAAAUUAAGAAUCUGUCAUCUCAUGCUGUGGGGGCCUUCCAGUCUGUGGCAGAGUAAGGUCACUGCAGGGGAUAAGGAACUUGGUGUGGCUCUCCUGCAGUUGUAGCUCCGGGGCCCACCUUAGGCCACCAUGCUUCUCAGCCUGGGGCAUGAGACCACCUGGAAAAUAGAUGGGAUUUGGUUUGAACGUUAAGAUUUCACAGUUGAUUUCCCUGCAACAUUUAGUAAGAUCAUGAAAUCCAGCAACCUGUCUGUUUCAUCUGACCAGUAACACAAAUAAGACUAAGAUAAAACACAACACUGGUUCUCACCCAUUCAUCCCUGCAAUAGCUUUGUAGAUAGGUUGUUAAGUAUAUUAAUCUAUAUAAUCUCCCUUCCUGGUGAUCCCUUCAAUGAUCACCUGAUUGAAGAAGCAGCAGGAGGAGGGAUAUAUAUUUUUUUCCAUUUUAGUAUUAAAGACCUUCCCUUCCCAAAGUCUGAAUUCUUUUAAAGUCUGGCUCAUUCUUUUGACAAGACCCCUAUACAUGUGGGUCUUGUCAAACCUGCAUGGCUGAACAAAGUACUAACAUAAUCUAAUUAAGUAACUUCUACAUACUUUGGGGGAUGAGGGGUAGGUUCUCGUUAAAUUCUCUACCAGCCUGUGCUCGGAUGGAUGCUGCUUAGAAAAGGGAUCCUAAAGCUCAACAUGGCAUUCAAUGAAGAAGGCAUUUCAUACCCUCCUUUGCUCAAGAUCAGGUGUCUGAGUUAGAGUCUGGGAUGAACGUACCCCCACUGCAAAUUGAGACGAAUGAAGCAAACCACUCCGACAGCUGCACCUGCUCCUGCCACAGCGCUGCAGUGUGCAAGCUCUUUCAGCGAGAGUGAGGGGAAAAUUUGGCAAGGAACCUCAGCUUGCACUAUUUAAGUCUUGGAAUGUCAUUCAAGAUGUUCUUGUUCUGUUUCUAGUGUAAUGUUUAAACCCAGAAAGUGAGACCGGCAUCCAUAAUGUUAAGUGGGAAUUAAGAUAAAUACACUUGUCAUACGGAGGAAGCCACAUUUCAAUAAGAUAUGCUCCCACUGGCUGAAAGCCACAGAUCUUUCUGUAUCCACACAAUCAACUCUCAGUUGGCCCCAACAAUGGAAAAGAACAGCAUCGAGGAUAACCCAAUAAAGCAAAAUCAUGUGGGAUCUCUUAUGUAAUUUUAUCUUGUAGUAGAGCUUCCAUCUUAAUUCGCUUUGCUUACACUAAUUUUCAAAUUAAUUUAUAAUCUUGGGCAGCAUGAAAAUAAUCCUGUUUCAGGAAUUAAGAGACCCAGGCAACAGAAUAGCCUAGUCCACUAUCCUUUAACAAACUGCUUAAAAUGUCAGGGCCUGUUUGUCCAUUCUGAAAUGGAGAUAUCAACACCUACUCGACCCACUUUAUAAGCUCUGUGCAUGGUCCAACAUCAAAUGAGCAGAAUGACCCAGAGCUGAGCUGGCUCAUUUGCCAAACUUAGCCCAGAUUGAUGAAGAGGUGUUUAAGGCCAUUCUCUCAGAGUAGAGCCCAACCCUUGGGUAAUUAAAAAGCGCACGUUCUUAUAUACUUAUGUUUAGUUGGAGAUAUCAGAUAAACCCUCAACUGAAAAAUGAAAUUGGGGUAGGAAAUGUUGACAUUUCUAAAAAUACAACCAAAUGGGACUGCAAUGAAUCUAUACCAAAGCACAACACAGCAUUGCUGGGGCCACCAACCUGAAACUGGGAAGGAGGUCUCUUCUGGAAAUUGAACAUUUAAAAUCAUUAUGAGGGAAAGGGAUUCAGUAAACACCUUCCUGCUAAUAAAAAUGAUCAUCUCUGUUUUUUUUU